CCUUUUCAAUUGUUUUGGAAAUUUGCCGAAAGCAAGAAAAUGUGCACGAUUGAAAAUACAAAGCGCAUCGCCGCUUUUCUAGAUGUACCCCUCGGAAAAGUAGGAUAUAACUCUGAAAAGAUACUUACCAGAACAAAAUCCGACAAAGAGCCGAGCAUCUCCGGCUUUUCCUGUAUUAUCCAGUCUCUGGUAAGAGAUUCAAAAAAAUCGUCAGUCCAACAGCUUCGAGAUGAUUUUGAAACCGAAUGCCAAGUAAUGCAGUGGCUAGAUUACGCAGUUUUGUUUGUCGCCCCUUCAAACAAGGAUAAGCACACUGCCAAAACUUUGCUAGAAGAACUCAAUUUCUACCUGCGAAGCCGAUCAUAUUUGGUAAAUGAUGCCCUUAGCGUAGCCGAUGUUGUCGUAUUUCAUACAAUUUACGAAACUAUGGCUAACCUGCAGCCUCUCGAAAAAGAGAACUAUCUAAAUGUAUCCCGAUGGUUUCACCAUCUUCAACAACUGAAGGAAGUAUCUCAAGGCAAACUACUGUUAAAUUUCUCCACACUGCAGUUACUAGAAUGGGCAACUGGUACCCAUACCUAAAUCUUUCUCAUGCAAUAUAAGCAUAUAAAAAAUAAACUGCAUCAGAAUAUUUAUAUUUUGAUCAUCUUCAAUCUGAAAUGUUUCAUGUCCA